AUGUCUCGAUAUAAGAAUAAACUUGAUUUAGAGAAACUGGACGAGUUAGUAAUGUUUAUGCGACCAGAAAAUCGGAUUGACCUAAGACUAUUAAGUGUCAAUUAUUUGACUGGAUUAUGCACGUGUGAAGAGUACAUCAAUGCCAUGUUUUCAAACGAAAAACUCAUACAAGGUCUUAUUAAUCUCACUGAUGACAAAGUUGAGGAAAUUGCCAAAAAGACUCUUCUAAUACUAGUAAAUAUUACUGCAACUCCUAACGGCGUAACACAGUUACUGAAAUAUAAGACGGACGAGGGCAAAAACAUUAUUAAAUUGCUUAUAGGUUAUGUUUUGGAUCCACAAAAACAUGAUGCGGAUGCUGCGUGCAUGAUUCUCUCUAACAUAACUCGAAUAGAAUCAGAGGCAGAGAAACUAAUAGAAAUUUUUCAACCUCAUUUAAAUGACCUCUUAUACGCGUUUGUAAAUAUAGAAUAUAACAAAAGAGGUUCUAAUUUAAAUUUUAUAGGACCUUUAAUUUCUAACCUAUCUUGUUUCCAUAGCGUUAGGAAAUGGCUAACUGAAGAAAAGCCGCACAUUCCAUUAUUAAAACUCCUACCGUUCUGCAAUUUUACUCAUUCAAACGUGCGCAGAGGAGGUGCAGUGGGAACCAUCAGAAACCUCUCAUUUGACCCUCAAUUUCACGAUUUCCUAAUCAGUAAUGACGUGGAUCUGCUGUCAUAUCUACUACUGCCGUUGAUGGGAAAUGAAGAAUAUAAGGAUGAAGAAAUGGAUGAGCUACCGUUAACAUUACAGUACUUACCAAAGGACAAGGUUCGAGAUGAUGAUGCAGACAUCCGUAAAAUGCUUCUAGAGACAUUAAAUAAGCUAUGCGUGAAAAAAAAGGGACGUGAAUUUCUGAGAGAUAACGGUGUGUACUAUGUUUUGAGAGAAUAUCACAAAUGGGAGAAGGAUUCCAAGGUGCGGCUCUGUUGUGAAAACGUUGUCGACAUUUUAAUACAGAAAGAAGAAGAAGUUGGAACGGAAGAUUUUUCAAUGGUUGAAGUGCCGGAGGAAAUGGUUGAAAAAUUUGAAAAGAUGGAUGGAGAAUAUGAAACAUGA